AUGGCAAAUUAUCGAUUAGCAUCAUUCGAAGCUUUUCCAAUAAUAAUAUUAGCUACAUUUAUCGAUUUUGUAACCAGCAAUAAUACUGUAAUAGAAGAUGAAAUACCCAAAGAGCAACUAGACCCCGAUCAUGAAAACUUUAAUUUUAAGGAAUAUUUAAGUAAAUAUAGUCCAUCUAAAGCUUGGGAAGAAAUCGACAAGAAAAGAAAGCAAGGGGUACAAAUGUCAGAUGAAGAGCAAUUAGACAUAAUGUUCAAUGCCCUGGACCAAACCGAUGAUGUUUAUAACCUGCGUAUAGGAUCGCACAUUCCUAAAAGUGAUGUGCCAAAAGACGGCCGACGUUUCGGCUGGCAACCACCGCAAGGAUUUAACCGUUAUGUUUUCUAUUUUGACAAACAUUUCAAUAGACAUCGAAUAUACGAACUCAUGAGACAGGCGAUAUAUCAGGCUAGAAAUCGAAUGAUUGUUAUGCAAAUCCAUAGAGAGCAAUAUCGUAAGUCAUCUAUGUACAAAAUGGGUUUCUUAACUAAUAAAGCCGAUAUUGCUGUGAAAACAUUCGCCAAAGUCAGUUUCAGAGCUCUUAGAAGUUGUGUAGCCAGUAGAACCGCUACAAUGAUGCGGUCACCAGUGUCGGAGCUGAUAGAGUUUAAUAGGAGGCAACUAACUUUGUGGUUUGACGCACAAAUAUUAGGACAGUUGGUUUUGAAAAACCACGAUAUCGCAGUAAGCGUUAUAACAAAUACCACGCUACCUAAUAUAAAAACGCUGAAUGAAAUGUUUAUUGAAUAA